UGAGAAAAAAUGCUCAGUAGGUCACUAAAAUGUUCCUUCUUACUAGUGUUGUGCUUGCAAUUCCGUUCCGCGAAUUCAUCUCGGGACAAUCUAGAGCCGCGUGCCCAUCUCGUGAGGCAAUGGAACGAUAAUCUUCUUCUCGAACCGGCUUGGGAUCGGAAUGUUACCUUGCGAUUGAUGGGUGAAGCCGCCACCGUGACUAUCAACGAUGUGGACAUAAUGACGGUGCUCCGGCGGCGCCAAAGGAUUAUAGCGGAUCGCCAGGCGGCUCGAAGGGAGCCCAUCUUGCUGGAGACCGUUAAGGACAUGUUCCAGGAUACAGAGCGUAAGAUGACGAGGUUACAGCGACGUGUCUUCAAUGCAAGAAACACCACGAGAAGAAGUGGGCUCAAUCAACGCCUCCUGCGGCGGCAAUUGCAGCGCGUGGAACGCGUCAGGGGAAUCCUGCAGACCCUCUCCGGAAACCUGAACAGAAACGAGUGCCUAUCCAAUCCUUGCAAGCACGGCGGAACCUGCCACGAUGCCUACAAGGCAUUCCAGUGCGAUUGCCCCGCGGGCUGGGAAGGACCAACUUGCGAGGACGACGUAGACGAGUGCUUCGUCUUGUCCGCGACAUAUCGCAAUGAGUGUCAGAACAACGGGCAGUGCAUAAACAUACCUGGAAGUUACCGGUGCCGUUGCCGCAAGGGAUUCACUGGCACCAACUGUCGCCUCCGUCACAACACAUGUCUGCUCGGCGGUUCCCGGGAGCUCUGCGGCCAGCAUGGCACCUGCAUUCAGGCGGCCAAUUCUGCUGGCUAUGUGUGCAUCUGCGAUCAGGGAUGGACUUGGAUGGAUGCCAAUGUGACCACCGCCAGCCCGAGUGCAUGCGCCCGCGACGUUGAUGAGUGUGAGCCGCGCGUGAAUCCUUGCCACGCUGAAUGCAUCAAUCUGCCGGGUAGUUUUCGAUGCGCACCCUGUCCACCGGGAUACACGGGCGAUGGGCGCUUCUGUCGCGACAUUGACGAAUGUGCCGGCGAGGAUAAUGGCGGCUGUAGCCUCCAGCCACGGGUGACGUGCACCAACACAGAGGGCUCACAUCGCUGCGGCCGAUGUCCACCCGGUUGGACGGGCGACGGACGAACAUGCACCGCCUCGGAUUCCAAUUCGUGCAACAAUGAGGGCAUCUGCCAUCCGCUGGCCAAGUGCGAGUACGUAUCCGACAUGGUGGUGUGCACUUGCCCCUUGGGCAGCUUUGGACAUGGCUAUGGUGCCGAUGGCUGCACCGCGGACUCCAGUCGAUUGCCCUGCGAUCAGCAUCCUUGCCAGAACAACGGCACCUGCAUCCAAAGCGGAAGGGGCACCACGUGCAUAUGCCAGCCUGGCUAUACCGGCGCAGUGUGCAGCUCGUCGGAUGUGUGCCACCCGAGUCCAUGCCUAAAUGGUGGUACAUGCCGCCUGUUGCCGGAUGCCAAGUACCAAUGCGUUUGCCCACUCGGGUACACCGGCACCAUCUGCUCCCAUCCGCGAUUCUUUUGCGGAGCCACGAUACGUGGACCUUCCGGCCAGCUGCAUUAUCCACCCAACACAUCUGAUGGCGAUUACCAGGCCGACGAGCGCUGCCCGUUUAUCAUACGCACAAAUCGGAGCAUGGUGCUCAACCUGACCUUCACCCAGUUCCAACUGCAGGACAGUGUCGACUGCAGCGCCGAUUUUCUGCAGCUGCACGAUGGCAACUCUCUAAGCUCCCGUUUGAUUGGUCGCUUCUGUGGCUCCCGUUUGCCCAUGACAAACGGCAGUGUAAUCACCACCCAGGAGCAGGUAUUCUUCUGGUUCCGCUCCGACAACGAGACGCAAGGCAAGGGCUUCCAUGUCAUCUGGAAUUCGUUGCCCUUCUCCUGCGGCGAAACUUUUAAUCUGGAAACGACGGAGUCCGGCGUGCUGCGAUCUCCGGGCUAUCCCGGUCAGGCUCGACCGGAACUCGACUGCCGCUGGUAUCUGACGGCGCCAUUUGGCUACCGGCUGCUCCUUCGGUUCUACGACAUUACGCUGGGCAGCAGCGCAGCAUCUGCCGUGAACUGCAGCCAGGAUUCGCUCAUCGUUUACGACUCGGAUCGCCAGUUGCUGCGCGCCUGUCAAUCUCUGCAGCCGGCGCCAUUGUAUAGCUCCUCAAAUAGCCUGCGCCUGGACUUUCACACGGACGCCAUACGUUCGGAUAGCUCCUUUCAGAUGCACUACGAAGUGGUGGUGGCCCAGCCCGGCUGCGGUGGAGUGUUCACGGAGCCGCGUGGCCACAUCUCUGUUUACAUGGACUUCGAGGUGUGCCUGUAUCUAAUUGAACAGCCACGAGAGACGCAAGUUAAGCUGAUUAUCCAUCGUAUUGAUCUUGUGAGUUCGUUGGGUUGUAGCUUUCUGAAUAUCGAGAUCUUUGACGGAAGGACAACUGACUCGCCGCUCAUGCGACGCAUCUGCGGAGAUCAUGAGGAGAGUGAACUGGAGCCGAUUAUAUCCACUGGAAAUGUGAUUCUAGUGCGCUAUAAAUACGCCUUGAGUGGCGUGGAGCUGAGGAAAAGUUUUGAUUUCACCUACACAAGAGUGUGUACUGGUAGCUUUGAUACCUUUUCGGGGGUAAUCAGUACACCCAACUAUCCGGGUCCAUAUCCUGAUGACAUCACCUGCACCUACAACUUCACCGGGCCACUUAAUACGGCUGUUCGCAUCCAAAUCACUGAUCUAUCGCUGGGCACUGCCAAUAAUGGAAAUGAUUCAUCUUAUUUGGACGCGUAUUUAGCGGUGGGUCAAAAGCGGCAUAUUGUAAAAUCAACGGAUAACCUUGUCCUGUUGUCACACACCAAUCGGGCUAGUCUGGUCUUCCACGGGUCCGGUGGUGGUCGUGGAAUGCGACUUGAGUACCGUUUUGUUCUUGAUCGGUGCGGCGGGUUCCUUGACGAACCCGGCCAAAGAAUUUUUCACAGAGUUCGGUCUACAUUUUGUCAGUGGUUUAUAGAAUUCCCCGGAAGGAAAACAAUCUCUAUACACCCAAUGGUUUCAGACGGAAGUAUAUCCGUAUAUGAUAACAGCACAGAUCCAGGAAAAUUGAUAAAUAGUUAUACUGGAAGAGUGGAAGAUGUUUUUGAUGGAGAUCUUUUGACCAUAAACAUGUUCACACAAUUCAGAGGAUUUGUAGUUUAUUAUAUUCAAUUCGACAUUGCCCCGCAAGAGAGCUGUGGAGGAACCUUCACUGGUCGCUUUGGCUACAUCAAAACACCAAACUGGCCCAAGAACUAUGGAGAGUCCCAAACGUGCGAGUGGAUUAUCAAAGCACCCUUUGGCCACCGCAUUGAGUUAGUGGUGCACAAUUUCACGCUGGAGGCAUCGUUUACGUCCCCUUCAUGCUGGACCGACUGGCUGGAAAUUAGGAAUGGCGAUUCUGAGGGUUCUCCGCUAAUUGGACGCUAUUGCGGUACUGAAAUUCCGAGCAGGCUUCCCUCAUUUGGAAAUGUGCUGCACCUUAAGUUCCAGUCGGAUGACUCCGUUGAGAAGAAGGGAUUCCUUUUAAGCUGGCAGCAGAUCGGUGCCGGAUGCGGCGGCAAACUGAGCUCAUCCACGGGCACCAUCCAUUCUCCCCAUUUAUUGGCGGGAAAUCGCGGUAUCCUUGCUUGCGACUGGCAGAUUAUCGUCGCCGAGGGAUCCAGCGUUAACGUGCAGCUCGAGAGCAAUGACAACCGUAUAUGUAGUGGGCAACUGGCCUUAUACGAUGGACCCACCACCGCCAGCAGUCCAAUGGUGCUGCGAUGCAAUGGGUCCAUUGCCCAACCGCUGCAGUCGACCGGAAAUCGCAUCCUUGUUCGUUACGAUGUUGGCCAUGAUGCACCUGACGGCACCGACUUCGUGCUGAACUACGAGACCAAUUGUCGAGUUCGGCUGGAGCAGCUGCAGGGUGCCAUUGAAUCGCCCAAUUUCCCGGACGACUAUCCGCCAAACCAAGACUGCGAGUGGGAUAUUCGAGCUGGUGGACGGAAGAAUCACCUGGAGCUCGUAUUCUCCCACCUGUCAGUGGAGCAAUUUUUCGAACGCUGUCCCGAUGACUACGUGUCCGUUAUAGACAUGCAGGACGACCAAGUGCUCAGCGAGAAGCAUCUCUGCAGCAACGAUGGCUUGGACCCCAUCACCUCCGCCGGAAAUCGCAUGCUCCUUCGCUUUAAAAGCGAUUCGUCGGAGCAGAGCCAAGGCUUCCGGGCGGAGUACCGGCGUAUAGGAUGUGGAGAGCACUUACGGGAAGCAGGCGGAAAGUUUGAAUCGCCAAAGGCGCCCUACAGCGUGGACAUGGACUGUGUUUGGGUCAUUACGGCAUCGGAGGGCAGGCAGGUGCGUCUCCAACUUCAUGAAGUCUACUUAGAGGCCACGCAGAUGGAGUGCCGCGAUGCGGAAUCUAGCCUCUCCGUAUCCGCACCCAGUGGCUUCAACUCCUCAGUGGAAUUGUAUCGAAGUUGUCACGAGGAGACGGAGACGCAAACAUUUCUCUCGCCAGGAAAUGAGUUAGUGAUUCGCUUCGUGAGCAGCUCCAUACCGUCUAGAAAGUACUUUACGGCCACCUUUGUCCAGGUGCCAGCCAGUUGUGGUGGAUAUAUAUCCGCCAGUAGCGGCAUGCUGACCACACCCGGAUUCCACAACAGCCAGGACAGCACCAACGUCGCUAACUACUCAUCCAACGUUGAGUGCGUAUGGACUGUAGAGGUAACGAAUGGGUAUGGCAUUAGACCGCAUUUCGAGCAAUUUAACCUCACGGAUUCGGUUAACUGCUCGCUUAGCUUUGUCGAGCUAUCGAAACUGGAGCAGGACAACAAGGAGAUAUUCCUGGAGAGGACCUGCGGCGAGGACUCGCCAAUGAUCCGAAUAGUGCACGGACAAAAGCUGCGUGUCCACUUCAAGGCUCAGGCCGGAACCUGGGGACGGUUCAUCAUGCAUUUCGAGCGCCAGUGUGGUGGACCGCUCUCCACUGGCGAGGGCUACUUGCAAUCCCGCCUAGACGAGGACUGCAGCUGGCUGCUUUCCGCCCCGGAGGGCAGCAAACUAAGCCUAAACAUUAAUCAGCUUGAGUGUCCCAAGUGCCGCCUUGGCGCCUUGCAAAAUUGUACGGAGGGCCUGCAGCUGCUCAAUGACGACGACCAGGUUCUACUGUACCAGAUGUGUCGGGAUCAUCCGGCCAAUCUUAUUGUGCCCGCCAACAAUGUGCGUAUCCUGACCCACGGCAUAAGGCUGCAGGCGCAGUUCAGCACGUUUGAGAACUCAUGUGGCGGCAAUAUCACAUCAGCCCGCGGCAGCCUUAGUUCACCCAAUUUCCCGGACAGCUAUCCGGCCAACAUUGAGUGCGUGUGGUCCAUCGAGGCACGACCGGGAAAUGCUUUGGAGGUCACCUUCGAGGCCAUGGACAUUGUUCACUCCGAGCACUGCAACGAUGACUUCCUAGAGAUACGCUCCAGUGUCCAGGGUCCACUGCUGGGCCUGUACUGCGAUAAGAAGCUACCGGCGACUCCCUUGGUGGUCCAAUCUCAGCUAUGGAUCAAGUUCCGCAGCAGGCCAGGCAACACCGCUGGCGGUUUCCGUUUCCGCUGGACUUACGUGCACAACAACGAACUCACAAGGGACACCAAUGGUACCAUCGAGUCUCCUCCGCUGCUCUUCGCCAGGGGCGAGAGUCAACCCUUCUCCUGGCGCAUUUUUACGGAGCGCGAAAUGGUUAUUGCUUUGCACUUUAAGGAAUAUGUUUCAGGCCUUUUGCUCUUCGAUGGCUAUGAUGAUAACGCUUUGGAGGUCGUUGUACGCGCCAGUCCAUGGCGGUUUACCUCCAGCAGCAAUGUGGUCUACUUGCAGACUGAUAAUGUGGAGCUGAGUCAGUUUCGACUAAAGUGGAACGUGCUGAACAGCAAUUUGGUCGUAGGUAACCUCAGCUCCACCAACAAGAAUUGUACCCAGGAACUUACGUUGAGGCACAUGGCCGAGACCGAGUUAAGUUCCCCGGGAUAUCCGCAUGGUUACGCAGCAAAUCUGAAUUGCGAAUGGACGAUAAAGUCGGAGUACCCUUCACAUCAUAUAUAUGCCUAUGCAAUUAAUGUGGAUCUCGAGGACUAUGCCGGCUGUACCGCCGAUUAUCUAAAUAUUCAGAGUUCACAUGACCUCAGCCAAUGGACCAACGUGCUGCGUAGUUGCAAGGCGCCACUGGUGGGCCCAGUUCACGGUACGCCACACCUGAGAUUACAGUUCCAUAGUGAUAUGUCCGUCAACGGCACUGGAUUCCAGGCGAAGCUACGCACUGUCUGUGGCGCCAAUAUGACGGGUAUCGUUGGCACCAUUCCGCCGGACAACUUGGCCGAUGAGUGUGCCUGGCACAUCGACGUCCGACCAGGACGAAAAAUAGACAUUACCAUUGAUUACAAUGCUUCGCCGCCAGCAGCCGUCUGUGUGGCAUAUGGUCUGAUCUACGAUGGCUUGGAUGAACAUGCACCUUUGCUUGGUCACAGCAGGUUUGGCAACAAACCGGGCAUCAGAAAGAUGCAAUUCCGGACAAGCAGCUCGCAUGCCUACAUCAAGUACCAUAUCGGCAGUUCCGGAGUUAAUGGUCUUUGCCUUUGGACACUCACAUACCGAGAGUUCAAUGAGUGCAAUGGCGAGAUUAGGUUGACCCAGCUGGCACCUAACUAUACGAUUACGUCGCCGGGAUAUCCGUAUCUGCCGCAUCCGCAUGCGGAAUGCACGUGGUUGGUCAUGGCGCCACCGGGUGAGACCAUCGCCGUCAAUUUUGAUGAGCACUUCGAGUUGAGUGUCCGCCACUGCGACCAGGAGAAUGUGGAGCUGUUCGAUGGUGCCACCAAACUGGCCCGCCUCUUGCUCCGCACCUGUCGCAAGCCUCAGAACACGGUGCGCUCAACUGGCAACCUGCUACUCGUCCACUAUCAAUCGGAGCUCAAUGAGCCCACUGGCGCUUUUCGCCUGAACCUGUCACUGAGCACCUGUGGUGGUCGGUUCAGUGGUUCGUCUGGGUUCAUCAGCUCGGAGAACUAUCCCCAUUUGGGUGGUUAUCCCAAGCCGUCGGUGUGCGAGUACAGCAUUCUCUUGCCACAGAACUCGUUUAUUCGUUUGAACAUCACCGAUAUCCACUUGCCCUACGAACAUCUUGCAAAUGGAACAUCCUCAUUUGGCACCAGCGAUCGCCUGGAAGUUGUUGACUAUGCGGACCGAACUCAACAACUAUUGGUGCUGGAUGGCAGUAUAGGAACACACCCUGUCGUCACCCUAAACACCAAUGCGGCGACCAUUCGCUUUGUGGCAAUCCAAAAUGUGAACACAUAUCGGGGUUUCAAGUUGAGAUACGAGCGCUUUGCGGGAGCCUGCUCAAGGGAAAUAAAUGGAGCUGAAGGGGACAUCGUAAUACCGCCAAUGCCGCAGACAGUCUGGCUGAGAUUCUGCCGCUUGAGGAUCAGUGUGCCGAAGGGUCAACGGGUACGCCUCCAUCUUCUCAAUCUGGAUAAUAUUCGCGUCGUCACACGAAACGACACUGGCCGAACCUUCAGACAAAUUGCACGGUUGGCCAGUAUGUCGCACUUCUCCUUCUACAACGACGCCAACUCGCUCUCCAAGAUCACCGCAUUCCGGAUCGGUGGCUACAAUGGCAGUGGAAUUAUUGAGUCCACAGACAACUUUAUGCUCGUCGUUGUGAUGACCAAUCAGUUGGACUUAAGUGCAACUCCGUUGAGAGCCCGCUACAGCUCCAGUAAGCCAACAGUCUGUCCGCCGAAUAUCGGAGAUCAGGAAGCGGGAUCAGUUUCCAUCCAAAGUCUCCUUCGGCUGCCUGGCUAUCAUUGCAGCAUUCAAUUUGUGGGCACUGCCAGUGCAACGCUCACCUUCAAGGUGGAGGAGUAUCUAUUCCAAACACCCGGCGGCCCGGCCAUUUCGUUCAGAGACGACAGUUCGAAUCUUCCAGUCAAGUCGCUGUACGCUAAUGUCACCAACUAUUAUGUCUCUCUGGUCACCACAGCUGGACGUCUAACCCUUCUGAAUAGCGCAAACGUCAAAUUACGACGAUUCCGGGCCACAUACCGGCGACACAACUGCGGCGGACGGAUGCAGGCAGCUGAGGGCGUGACCAUUGAGUCCCCGGAUAUGUUAACUCAGUUGAAUGAUGCCUACGGUGAAAUUGAGUGCCUUUGGACGCUGAGCGACAGCAUCGGCUAUGUGCUGGAGGGCAAUGUAACCCUAACGGACCGUUGCGAUCGGGAGUACAUUGUGAUCUUCAGCGGACAGUCGGAGGUGGGUCGCCUAUGCCGGGGUAUGGACAUGAAUAGCACGCUGCUGGAGCGUUCCUUCUCCACGAUACUCUACCAUUCGGAGAGUCGAUUCCCUCAGCGAAGUAGGUUCAUCCUGCAAGCACGGAAAGCCAUCUCCUCCGGCAAUGCGGUUCGCAUUGACCGACGACCUUCGCCACUGGUGACGAUUAAUGGCGAGAAUUACCUGAAGAGCACCGAACGCAUAUGGGAGUUUGUUACCAGCGCUGGCCUAUCCCUGAGGCUACAUUUUCCCGAACGCAUUUUCAUUGUGGCCUCACCCAACUGCUCCGUCGAUCGAUUGACCGUGGAGCAUUACGAUCGGACGACCAAAGAGUUUGUUGAGGUGACCAGCCUGUGCGGCAGGCAAGCAGCUAGCGAUAUACUGGUGCCAUCCUUCCGGAUGCGUGUGAUAUUCCGUACGAACUCGAAUACAACGGGCGAUGGUUUCAGUUUCCAGGUAUUCCCCAGCUGCGAUGCCGUACUGCUGGCCGGGACAGAGAUGCAAACCCUGGCCAGUCCCAGUGGGUCGGCAUACAGCGGACAGCAGUUCAAUUGCAGCUACACAUUCCUGGCGACCGACGACCACCAAGUGGUGGUCAGUGCGAGGACCAGAAGCUCAUGGGCAUCGUAUGUCUGCACCGGUUCCUACUUCGAGGCCUAUCGUCGCGGCGAUGGCGAUGUGGAGGAGAGCAUUGGCAGGCUCUGUCCCGCCUUCGAGGUGAAAGGCAAUGGUUGGCUGCGUCUGCAUUAUAUCUCUACGCUGACGCGUUGGUUCGAGCUGCAAUACCAACUCAUUCAAUGCGGUGGCAAUCACAGCAAACCAUUUACUCUGCGCCCGCCGCAGGAUGAGGAUGCUGCUGCAUAUGCCCACAACACGAAAUGCGAAUGGCGAGUUACCGCGCCGCCACAGCAUGCCGUCGUCAUAGAGUUCAAGUACUUUGAUAUGGAGGCCAACAGGCAAUGUGCCUUCGACAGUCUGGCCAUCUAUCGCGGCCAUGUGGCCAGCAAGGAGCAGAGAACGGAUCUCCUGUGCGGCAAUCUUACCAAUCCUGCCACUAUCAUGGUGAACAGCAACGAAGCGCUCAUCGCCCUUUCCACAGACAGCUCCAACAAUCACCGCGGCUUCCUGGCCACCGUGCGCUUCACACCCAAUUGCAACGAGCAUGUGGCCCUCGACCUGGAGGUGCCACGCAUGAGCUUGAUGCGGCAAUACACGAUCAAUGCCACCGACCCACUGUUGUGCUACUUCCAGGCCAGCGCUCCGCCGGAUUACCGCAUUUCUCUGGAGGUGCGCAAGCUGCAGCUAAACGAUGUCGCCUGCGGUAGGUGCAGCUACUUGGAAAUCCACGACAGCGAACUGGUCGAGGGCGAGAGUCUUGGUAGGUACUAUGGGUAUACAAAUGGCAGUAAGGCCUCGGAAAGCACAAAGGUGUUUAGUUCCUAUGCGGACAUGUCCCUCAAGCUGAGUGCGAAUACCACACGGUCUCAGAAGAACAUCAGCUUUGAGCUAAUCCUGCAGAUGGAGCGCACUGUUUGCGGACAAGCGGAGUACGACAUGGGGUUGAAUGAGACUAUUACGGUGGGUGUGCAGUACGACAACAGGACGAGGGACCACGAGGGAAGUAUUCAAUGCCUCUGGACAAUUAAGCAUAAGGGAGAUGUGGAACUAGAUUUCCGGAAGCUUAGCCUCAAGGAAAUAUCUCAGCGGACUGGGCAAUGCACGGACUACAUCAAAGUGUCCAAACCAUAUUUCUCUAGAUCUUAUUGCGGACAACACGACAAAAGCUUCACGUUGGUUGAAGAAGUCAACGAAGCCAACUUACAACUAGCUUUCCACAGCGACGGACUCGAGGAAUCGCAAGGAUUUGAAGUUAUCAUACGCCGAAAGCCAAAGUGCAAUCGAAACUUCACGGCGCUGAGUCAGGUGAUUGAAGCCAACUCUCUAUCCAACUGCACGGAUUAUAUCCGAGUUCCAAAGGGUUACAGCAUAACGCUCUACGUAAUGACUGUGCUGUUCGAGAGUUUCGAUAAUAACUCUUUCGUGGUAACCGAUCUGCAAUCAAACAAGACCAUUUUCACCACUUCGGACAUUCAAUGGGAAACCAAAGCUAGGAUUACAUCUACCAACGAGAUGCGGCUCGAAAGCCGCAGAGUAUCCUCCCUCAAGUUGUUCUACUACUCCACCAGCAACCAGUUUCCCAGCGGAUGUGGUGGUGAUCUGGCGGUUGGUGGAUCGGUGGGCAGUUAUCUGGAGAAUCCCUCCUACGAGGGCCGGAACAGCUCACUCUGCACCUGGAAAAUAUCCGUACCACCUGGCGCCAGUCUGCGAUUCGCCUUUCCAGAAUUCAACAUGGGCUCGGAGACCAAUUGCGAUCUGGACAAUGUGCGAUUUUAUGACAACGUUGUUGACGACCAAAGUCUCGUGAAAACAUUGUGUGGAUCGAGAAUUCCAGAUAUGCUUACCAUAGCCAAAAAUAACAUUAUUAUAGUGGCUAAAAAAAGUCAAAACUUCGAUGGAUUAGGAUUUAAAAUGGAUAUAAUCGAAAUUGGCUAAAGUCUUUCAGAUACUUUACUAACCUGGUAAACAGGUUCCAAGUAAUUUAUUUCAAUAAAUGUAAUCACCGAAGUAUUACUG